AUGCCCCUCGACAUGACCUCCUCCGACACCUACGACACCCCGGACUCCUCCCCAGACCCCUACGACACCUCUUCCCCCACCAGCGCCACCACCAGUGGUCUUCCUUCCCACAUCGACCUCUCCUCUCUCCCCUCCGCCCUCCCAAUCCUCGGUCCACUCACCGGCUACACCACCGCCACACAAGCAGCCCGCAUACGCAAGAGGUUGGCCCUGAUGUCAGACACCGUCCGGCGGCCCCUCACCCAAUCCGAGCAAACGGCCAUGGUAUACUACACAGCCAAGGGCUUCGCCAUCGCCUCCUACGGUCCCACAAUCGGCAUUGAGGCAGGUGUGUACCAGACGUACGCUACGCGCGCCCAGUUCCGGUGGCCGAUGUACGGGAAGAUGAUCAGUGAUGCGCCGGCGGAGGGGGAAGUCCAAAAGGGAUUCUGGGACGGGCAGAAGAUGAGGGCGGGCGGCAAGGAGAUAUUGCAGGGCGUGAGCAGUCAGGCCAAGGCGAACAUACUGCAUGUCUCGAGGGGUUUCGCGUACUGUCUGAUCGGCGCGUAUCUUGCGCCGUUGUUCGUGAGCUCGUACGCGGCUACGGUGAGUGCGGUGGGGGAGUCGCGGGAUCCGAGGUUACACGAGGUUAACAAGGCGGUGAGAGAGGCGGUGCUGAGGGAUCAGAGGCAGAAGAAGGAGCGGGGAGGGGAGAUUGUGAAGCAGACGGAUGCCAGGAGGGAAGGAAGGAUGCCGAAUUUCCCGAGGGAUCGGGACCAGGAGAGGGGAAGAAGUGCGGAGGUGGAUGAUGCUAGCCCGACGGGCGGUGCUAUGAUGGACAUGGGGAUAGAUGAAGAGCAGGGGCGGUUGAGUGGACCGGGGGAUAUGGGUGGAUUGCUGAGCGAUGGGCAGAUGAGAUCCGCGGAGGCAAAGGCAAUGCCACCACCCAGCCAGACUCCUGCUGGGAACAGAGCGGCGACGUUUGAAAUGGAGAAGGUGGAGAGGCAGCCAAAAGAUUUUGGUAGCGACUUUGACGACGCCAGUCCUACGGGCGGGAGCGGGGCUAUGGACGGUGGAGAUGGAAGUGCAGGCAGCGUGUGGGAGCGUAUAAGACAGCAAUCUUCCUCUGAGCCUUCGGGUUCGAGCAUGGAGAGGGGUAGAGGAAUGAGAGGAAGCGGCAUGCAGCAGGAACAGCAGGAGGGUUCGACCACGGGCGACAGUUUUUCCUUUUCGAACUCUGACGAAGAAAGAAGUUACGCCAAGACUGAGGCGCAGAGGGAAUUCGAUGAGCGCGUGGAAAAGGAACGGAGAGGAGGGGAGUUCAACAGCGGUGGAGGGAGACGGUGGUGA